ACUUUUCUCCCCCCGUUGACUCUCCGCCCGCCGUCACCUAUAUCCUUCUCAUUCCCUCCUUCGGACAAGGAGUAUUUCCAGCUCUAUGGUCAUGCAUCCGAUUCGGGUGCUGACUCGUCUGUACUCCCAGGGUUGGACCCACACUCGGCGCGUCGUGGGCGACUUCUCCGGCCUUUCCCCGGCGUGCUGGAUCACUGCUCUUCCAUUGACCGUUGUCGCCUCCGGUUCAACCGCCACCGGGUCCUACUCGACUCUGCAAGUACGACAUUCACUUAAUAAUGUGCCGUCAGGCAUCAGCUGAUGCAUGCACUGGUUUGCAGUAAAUAUGCUGUAGUGCAGAUUGUGAACUGCUCCUUUGGGGGAGUGAAGCCACAAACACCUGGGUUUAUGCUGGUGGAUGCAAUCGGGGCCGGCUUGCAGUUUUGUGAGAAGUUCAUAAGCUUAUGGGAUUGGGUCUGUAUUCAAGGUGGUCUGUAGUGUGUUGCAGGUGUCUUCUGAUGUCCAAAUGAUCUCCCUUACAAGUACUAUGUUGAUGCCUUCUCUUACCUGGAUUGGCCAUUGGGAACUUUCCUUAGCCUGCUUGUGGAGGAAAGUGAUAUUGUAGGCUGAUGAGGGAUGAGAGAUUGCAGUUACAUGCCUGUCUGUAGUUACAUUUGUGAAUAUAUAUCUGAAUACUCCUCAUGG